AGCAGCUCAACUUUGAUGCCAUUUGUGUGACAUGGAGCCGGAUGGGGACACGGAUGACCUUCCACUCCGAGCCAAUACUAACCACAUACUUGUCAGACAUUAUGUACUGGACCUGACUGUUCAUUUUGACAGGAAGGUAAUCAGCGGUAGUGCCAUUUUGUUCCUGGAACCUUGCUCUGGAGCGGGGAGUGACGCUGGCGCUGGUGAGGGAGCUGGGACUGUAGAGGCUGGAGGGAGUCAGGAUGCGUGUGUGUGUAGAUUUCGUGGUGUGGAUACAGUGGAGGAUGGUACAAAAGGCCUUGGGCAGACUGCAGCUGAAAAUGAAAAUAUUCAGUCUUCACAUUUGUGGGAAACCACCAGCGACAGCGAUUUCACCCUAGUGCUGGACUGCUGUGACCUUGAUGUGUCUAAGGUCGAAGAGGUGCACACAACCUCUGUGUCAGCCAUGUCUAGCCUCGAACCAGAGGUUGUAUCUGAGUGGUCAGGGGGCCGUUCAGAGGACUCACAAGCAGCCUUUGUUCAGAGCCUUAUCUCCAUGCCCUCUAGCCGAUGGAGACACAAGCACCAGCUCUUUAUGCUCUGUAGUCGUGCCCCUGGUGCCCAGUAUGGCAACUCACUGCAUUUUCAUAGAGACCGAUGGAGUCUGCAGGUGAGGAAGAAGGGGGUCGCAUCACCUCAGGAGUUCCCUCGCGCCGUCAGGAUCUGCUAUGAGACGAGGCCAAUGGGAGGCUCUGUGAGGUGGACCAAAGACCAGGACAACAGGUUGUGUGUUUACACUGCCGGUUCUCCCAUCAACAACCGAGCCCUCUUUCCCUGCCAGGAGCCGCCUGUUGCCAUGUCAACAUGGCAGGCAACAGUACGGGCCCCCAGUGAGUGUGUGGUUUUGAUGAGUGGGGAGGAGCAGACUGUACCUACUGAGGACGGGGACACACGUUUCUCAAACUGGAGUUACUACGUCACUAUGCCCAUGCCUGCCUCCACCUUCACCUUGGCAGUGGGCCACUGGCGCCAAGUCACAGCAGAAAUCCCCCCAGCACUGGAAGACAGGGUGAGGGACAGGACGGAUUGUGGUAAGACAGCCAAACCUGGGGCUGGACCUGGGGAAUGGACUGAGGCUGAGCUUUUGUCUGGGCCUGGAAGCUCCACCAGCAAAGUCGUAAAGGGCUCUCCACUCCAGACUGACAGCGGAGACCAGACCACCCGCUCAGACUCUGCAUUCUGUUACUCUUCCCUUGAGGAUGAGGGGUUCUCUGUAACUGAUUAUUCAGGCAUGGUGGAUGACGGCAUCUCUUGUUCCCAUGGCGACUACCCAUGUCGAUUUACUGAGCGGUCGGCUAGGUCCCAGCGGGUGAUUCCACACCGUGUGUUUGGCCCCGUCUGCUUGCUGCAGAAGGCCCAGAUGGUCCUCAAGCUGUUGCCUAGAUGUUUGGCUGCAGCCCACACCGUUCUGGGGGUCCACCCCUUUCCCCGCCUUGAUGUUCUCAUCGUCCCAGCAGGAUUCUCCAGUCUGGGCAUGGCCAGCCCGCAUAUAAUUUUCCUGUCCCAGAGUGCAUUGUAUGCUGGGAGUCCUGGUUCUGAAGCGAAGGGCCUGUCUCUGUGUGGGUCCAGGAUUUGCCAUGAGAUCGCCCAUUCCUGGUUCGGCCUGGUAAUCGGAGCCAGAGACUGGACGGAGGAAUGGAUCAGUGAGGGCUUUGCCACCUACCUGGAAGACAUUAUCUGGGCCCAAGCACAACAUCUUUCCGUACAAGAGACAGCAGAACAGUCUGACCUGAAGGCACUGCUGAGGUGGAGACGACUCUCUGAUGAGUUGAAGAACUCAGAGGAGGUACUUCAAAUCCUCAGACCUAACAUGGAAAACACUGGUCAGGUCAGUGAGUCUGGCUCCUCCACAGUUAAACAUGCCCUCAACCCUGACAAAGCCUUCAUGCAAGUCCACUACCUCAAGGGUUACUUCCUCCUCAGGUUCUUAGGCAGCCAAGUGGGAGAGCAACAGUUCAUUGACUUCUUCAGAUUAUUUGUGAAGAAAUACCAUGGGCAACUGAUUUUGUCUCAGGAUUUCCUGCGAAUGCUGCUGAUUAACUUUCCCGACAUGGAGAGAAAAGGCCUAACACUCGGUGCUAUUUAUGCUGACUGGCUCGAUCGACCGGGAAUUCCAAAGGUAUGAAGAGUCCUUCUUUCUUCUGUCAUUUAUAAAAAACUAUAGAGUUUGAUAUCGUUUCCUUAAAAUAUAUA